AUGAUGUACGGACCAGUUGAAAUUUCAGAAGCUGAAUAUCCACGAGUUGAAUAUCAAAGAAGACAACAGUUUUGGGACCCAAUAAGGCUAGCUCUUUUCACGUUGGCGAUUGUAGCAAUCAUAGGAAUUUCAAUUGGUAUUGUUACUCAUUUUGUUGUUGAGGAUGAUAAGUCAUUCUAUUACCUUGCCUCUUUUAAAGUCACAAAUAUCAAAUAUAAAGAAAAUUAUGCAAUGAGAUCCUCAAGAGAAUUUACAGAAAGGAGUCAUCAGAUUGAGAGAAUGAUGUCUAGGAUAUUCCGACGUGCUUCUGGAGGGGGUCGAUUUAUCAAAUCUCAUGUUAUCAAAAUAAGUCCAGAUGAACAAGGUGUGAACAUUCUUAUGGUGCUCAUGUUUCGAUACCCAUCUACUGACAGUACUGAAAUAAUCAGGAAAAAAAUUGAAAGAAGUUUUUACCAAAGUCUGAAGAUCAAACAAUUGCCCCUGACCAUAAAUAAACCAUCAUUUACACUCACACCUAUUGACAGCAGAAAGAUGAGGAAUCUUCUCAAUAGUCGCUGUGGAAUAAGGAUGACAUCUUCAAACAUGCCAUUACCAGCAUCGUCUUCUACAGAAAGGAUUGUCCAAGGAAGAGAGACUGCAAUGGAAGGGGAGUGGCCAUGGCAGGCCAGCCUGCAGCUCAUAGGGGCAGGCCAUCAGUGUGGAGCCAGCCUCAUCAGUAACACAUGGCUGCUCACAGCAGCUCACUGUUUCCGGAGGAAUAAGGACCCAAGUCAAUGGAUUGUGACUUUUGGUACAACUAUAACACCACCUGCUGUGAAACGAAGUGUGGGGAAAAUUAUCCUCCAUGAAAAUUACCAUAGAGAAACGAAUGAAAAUGACAUUGCUUUGGCUCAGCUCACAACUCGAGUUGAAUUUUCAAAUAUAGUCCAGAGAGUAUGCCUCCCAGAUUCAUCUAUGAAGUUGCCACCUAAAACCAGUGUUUUUGUCACAGGAUUUGGUUCCAUUGUAGAUGAUGGACCUACACAAAAUAAACUUCGUCAAGCCAGGGUGGAAACCAUAGGUACUGAUGUGUGUAACAGAAAGGAUGUGUAUGAUGGCCUGGUAACUCCAGGGAUGUUGUGUGCUGGAUUCAUGGAAGGGAAAGUGGAUGCGUGUAAGGGAGAUUCUGGUGGACCUCUGGUUUAUGAUAAUCGUGACAUCUGGUAUAUUGUUGGUAUAGUAAGUUGGGGACAAUCAUGUGCUCUUCCCAAAAAACCUGGUGUCUACACAAGAGUAACUAAAUAUCGAGACUGGAUUGCCUCAAAGACUGGUAUCUAG